AUGAAGGUGAUCACCUGCGAAAUCGUGUGGCACAAUAAGGAGCCCGUUUACAGCCUGGACUUCCAGCACGGGGCGGAUGGGCAGAUGAAUCGCUUGGCGUCGGCAGGGGUGGACACGGCUGUGAGGAUCUGGAAAGUGGAGAAAGGUCCUGAUGGCAAAGCCAUCGUGGAAUUCCUGUCCAACCUGGCCCGUCACACCAAGGCCGUGAACGUCGUGCGCUUCUCUCCGAGCGGCGAGGUCCUGGCGUCCGGGGGAGAUGAUGCCGUUAUUUUGCUGUGGAAGCUGAAUGACAGCAAGGAAUUGGAGCCGCUGGUUUUUCAGGACGAAGAUGAAGCUCAGCUCAACAAGGAGAACUGGGCAGUUGUUAAAACCUUAAGAGGCCACUUAGAAGAUGUGUAUGAUAUUUGUUGGACCUCAGAUGGUAAUUACAUGGCCUCUGCUUCUGUGGACAACACAGCUAUCAUGUGGGAUGUCAAUAAAGGCCAGAAGGUUUCAAUAUUUAAUGAGCACAAGAGUUAUGUCCAAGGAGUAACCUGGGAUCCUCUAGGCCAGUACAUUGCAACCCUGAGCUGUGACAGGGUCCUGCGGGUGUACAGCACACAGACCAAGAGGGUGGCCUUCAACGUCACCAAGAUGCCAUCUGGAUCGGGAGCUGAAGGAGAGGCCCGGAGCUACCGGAUGUUCCACGACGACAGCAUGAAGUCCUUCUUCCGCCGGCUCAGCUUCACCCCCGAUGGCUCCUACCUGCUCACCCCAGCUGGCUGCGUGGAGUCGGGAGAAAACGUUACCAACACCACCUACGUGUUCUCCAGAAACAACCUGAAAAGGCCUGUGGGUCACCUGCCGUGCCCUGGGAAGGGAACUCUGGCUGUUCGCUGCUGCCCGGUCUACUUCGAGUUGAGAGGAGCACUUCAGGAAGAUGAGAUGAGUCAGAAACCGUGCCCUGCUCUGUUUAACCUGCCCUAUCGGUUGGUGUUUGCUGUGGCCUCCGAAGACUCGGUGCUUUUUUAUGACACUGAGCAGUCCUUCCCCUUUGGUUAUGUCUCUAACAUCCAUUAUCACACCCUGAGUGACAUUUCCUGGUCCAGCGACGGGUCCUUCCUGGCUAUUUCCUCCACGGACGGAUACUGUUCCUUCGUCACCUUCGAGAAGGACGAGCUGGGGAUUCCACUGAAGGAGAAGCCCCAGAUCAGCCUCAGGACUCCUGGUGCAACAGAGAAGAAGGUGAAGAAGAACCAGUGCCCCAAAUCCACCUCCCCAGGCUCCAGGCUGGCCGAGGGGACUCCCCGCAGGACCGGCGAUCCCAGCCCUCCCUCCCUGCCGCUCGGAACACCCAGCACUGCCAGCAAGGACUCACCUUCCACCCCUGUUGGCAUCAAAAGCGUUCCAGCCUCGUCCUGGGAGGAGAGGAAAAGCAGCCAGGCAGCCCCCCAGAGCAGCAAGGCCAAGCAGCCCCGGAGGGUCGCCCUCCACACGUUACAGGCCUGUUUCAAGACACCGAGGAGAAUAAACUUGAUUUCACUGAAGCCAGAUACACCCACCCCUGCAGAUCCAGACACAGCCUCUGGGCCUCCUUCCUCAGAGCAGGAACAUGAGAGGCCACUGCCAUCUGAUGACAGCCUUCAAAAUACCCCGGCUCCAAAACGCCCCAGGACUGAGGAAACGUCUCCUCCUGCACCUGAAGAUCAACCCACCUGUGAUUCAAACAAAUAAGGGCUGAGCUUAUCUGAACAAACAAGCUUUUAGCAGACUCUUCACAGUCUGCAGUCAGUGCUGCCGUGCCUGAGUGCCUUUCUUUUUGCAGAUGUUAAAUCCUCAAUUCCCCACCAAGGUUCCCUGUGCAGAUUUGCUGUAGCACCGUGAAGAAACUGCCGAGUGGAAGACACAGCUCUCAGGAAUGUAGUUUUGCAGGAGGAGAAACAGUUGGGAGGUGACUUCAAGAAGUGCCCCAGCCUAAGGAAAUCAGGGAAAUCUGGGUAUUAAAAAACCAUCCCAGUAACCUGCAAAUCUCCAUCAGAGUCCCUGAAUUGGUGUUUACAAAGCACGAUGUCUUCCAGUAACCUGUGUGGCACAGGAAGAAUGGAAUGUAUUCAUCAGAUCUGAUGUGGUUUAAGAGCUUAAAAAAAAAGAGAGGAAAUUGUGUCAUUCCAGCAUCUUUGAUUAUUUGUUGAGCAGAGUGUAAAAUAAUUUUCCUCAGUACCUGUGGGCUGGGAGCUGAUGGUCAGGUACAACACAGAUCAGGGUCGAGAUGAUUUCAACAGAAAAGGAAAGUUUUAACUGCAAGAAACAAGAAAACAAAAGGAAUAAACCCUCUGGAGACCUGGUUUUAGAAUUAAAGAGCAGAAGAAAGAUCUUCAUUGUUCAGUUUCUGUGUUUAAAAAAAAAGAAAUGCAGGCAGGAGAUUUUCCUGAGGCAGCAGAGUUGGAGUGUGGACGUUAAAAAUACCCCCUUUUUCCUUUUUCAAAACUUACCUCCCUUAGCCAAUAAAAUACACCCCAAUGUAUGUGUGUAAUCAUAUUAAACCUCUUUGACUUGUAACAUUUCCCUGGGUUUGGUUGUGUAAUGAAUUAGGGUUUGUUUUCUGUCAUCUUCUGAGGAAGUGGACUGAUAUUUAGAAAAGCAGAAAUAGUUUCACAGGGAGGAAACAUUAACAGAUACCCGUGUCAGUGUUUCAGAUAAAUGAAGAGGUCAGGGGAGAACUAGAGAAGAUCAUCUCCAGUGCAACAAACUCUCAGUCAGUGACAGAUCUUCUCCUUGAUUGAGUUACUGCUCAUUAAAAUCACGAGGAUCUUUUGCUCUUCAACAUGUGCACAUCCCACCUUAAAAUCCGAAUAUUUCUGUGAGCCACUGGAAUGACAAGGCCUUGUUUCACGUGGAUUUACAGGUAACUGCACUGGGGGUUUCAUGUAAACUUUGCAACUUUUUAGAUGGGUUUCAGAUGGAUUUUGUAGAUGAGUAAGGACUCAUGACUUGUCUUGCUCCUGGAAAGACUUCCUGCUGUAAUAAUGGUUAGUUUUUAGACAGCCAGUCGUGGUGCUACUGAUGUUAAAUUUUUCUGUUAUCUCCAGCUCCCUGUAUUUAUAUAUCUUGUAAUUAUUUAACCACUUUGCCUUUCGGUCAAAAUUUGUUUGAUACUUGCCUGUGGAUUCAAAACAGACUCUGUAUUUUAUAUAAACACAGGGAGUGUGCAU